AUGGCUAUGGCAGCCUGUGAAAACAAUCAUCAACCCAAGGGGACUGACAGUAGCGCUAGUUCGGAAUCGGAGGAAGUACGCCAGGAGUUGAUUCAACAAUUUCUAGAGGAUAUUCAAACAUUGCAAGAGAUGGAUGAUAAUUUUACCAAUAUCAACACACAAACUGCAGAAAUAUUUGUAGCUGCUCGAAAAAAUGACAUAAAGCGAGCUAAGACACUGUUUCAACAACAUUUGGACUUUCGAAAAAAGUAUAACUUAUGCAGGAUUAAUCCUAAUGAUAAAGAUUUACAGGAUGAAUUGAGAAGUCGUCGAUUUUAUAUCACUCGUUUGGGCGAUAAAGAUCAUGCUUCCGUUCUUCUACUAACGGCACAUCGUUAUAAGAAGGAAGAGAACUCUAUUCAGACUUUUUUGAAAUCAAUGAUAUUUCAAUUGGAUCAAAUUCUAAAAGAUCCCCGAACAAGACAAUCUGGUGUAAUAUUAUUAAUUGACUUGACCACUGUUGGAAUAACAUCUGGUGAAAAAGAUUUUGUCCGCACUAUCUUAAAAGUUAUACAGGGAAACUAUCCGAUAUCUGUGAAGAAAAUAUUAGCUAUCAAUUGUAGUCUGAUUUUGAGAUAUGCAGCAAAAUUUUAUUUUGAAAUACUUAAUCGGAAAUUAAGAGAUAGAGUGGUAUUCGUAGAUAAUAGUAGUUUGAAGAAGUUCGUACCUGAAGAUGCUUUACCUAAUGAAUUAGGCGGAAAUUCCAAAUUUUGUUAUAAUAUUUGGUUAAACAAGCUAACAAAUAGUUGCCAUAUUUACGAUGUCCAGAAGGGAUUUUAUUACACGCGUACAUCAGAAUUGAAAAGACAAAAAUCAACUGGACAAGCAGCUCUAAAUUUUCAAGAUCUUAAAGAUCGUACCAAUGACAGGGAUCAACUACUAGAGGAGUAUCAAGAGAUUAGCAAAAAAUCACGAUGGGAUGAAGAAUCAAAAGGAACUAAUUUUGAAUCAUCUUUAAAACCUUGUAACAGAAAGAAAAAUAGAUACCAGAAUAUCCUUUGCCUAGAAAGUAGUCGUGUGCGUUUACCUAAAGAUAUUGGAGAUGACAACAGCAAUGAGGAUUGUUCUUAUAUACAUGCGAAUUAUGUCAAUGGAUAUAGCAAUGGUAACGCAUAUAUUGCAACUCAAGGACCUCUGCCAGAUACAAUGACAGAUUUUUGGAAAAUGAUUUGGGCUGAAAAAGUUAAUAUUAUCGUCAUGUUAGCAAGAUUAUAUGAAAAUGGCCGCGUUAAAUGCUCCCAAUACUGGCCUAAUGACGGCGAGAUUUUGAUUUAUGGCAAAUUAACUGUUGAACACGAAUCGACAACUGAAAAGGAACAUUAUGUCUUGCAUAAACUUAGCAUAUAUUGCGAGGAAUCGGAAGGAUCGCUCAGUACCCGAUGCAUUUACCUAUUUCGGUUUACGUCUUGGCCUGAUUUCGGUAUUCCUCCUAGUGCUUCUCCAUUAUUGAAAAUGAUCGAAAACAUCAAUCACCUUAAUAGAAGUGUAAAUUCUUCAGUUGAUGAUAACACUAACAGUAAAGAGCAGCCUUUACCACCAAUUGUUAUCCAUUGUAGUGCAGGCGUUGGUAGAACGGGUACCUAUGCUACAGUUGAUAUUUGCUGUCAGCAGUUUGCAAAGACAAGGAAAGUCAAUAUUAUGGAAACUGUUUGUGCGAUUCGAAGCCAAAGAGAUGCCAUGAUACAAACAUGGCAACAGUAUGAAUUUUGCUACAAAGCUGUAUUAGAGUUUGCAGAAAAAAAUGUAUCUCCUACUACCAAUUCAUUAAGUGAAGAAUAG